UCUAUGUGUGUUUUAUACAUUUUUUUUUCAUACCAUUUUUAAACAUUUGAUACUUUGUGUUUAUCAUACUUUAUUCACAGUGUUAAGCCACAACUGAUUUACCAUUUUAACUUAAUAAUUUUAAUUUUUGUUAUAAAAGAUUAGCAGCUUUGCAAAGAAGACAUACUGUACUUUUCCUUUUCACAGUCUGCCUCAAUAUUUAAAAAUAUGAUAUUGAUUUUUGUUAUAAAAGAUUAGCAGCUUUGCAAAGAAUUUAUAAAAUAUGAUAUCGAUUUUUUGAUUCUAAAAACAUGUUUAGUUACUUGAAAGGAAAUUUAUAUUUUAUGCCUUACAAUUUUUUAUUUUGAUGCAAACCUAUUGACUUAAUCGUAUAUUUUGUAUAUGUUAAAUGCCAAGAUGGUCAUGCAGAAAAUAUGAACUUUAAGUGUGUGUAUGUGAACUUAUGAACAUUACUUUCAUUUGUUUGCCCUUUGAACUCUGUAAGAGGACAGUUUGCAUUGACACUGAAGAUGAAAAGCACCAUUGUGUCUAUUGUACAACACAACCAAGCAUGUAAUGACCCGGUCAGCACUUACCGGUCUGGUUACACUGUGGUCACAAACAAUACAGCAGACGCUAAACAGCUGCUGGGAACCAUGUCUGACCUUUCAGAACUUAACAAUGUCUUCUAAACAAUGUCUGGAACUUAUGUCUUACUCUCUUUAUAUUUAUUUUUUUGUUUUGUUUGCCCUUACAGUGAGCAUUGAUGUGGAUGAAGGGAAGGACAAUGAAUUUAGCCUUUACUAUGUAGAAGUGGAGGAAAAUUCUGAGGAAGGUGAAGAGAAGCAGGCGAGACGAGAUGGCAAACGUAGGAGAGAGAGAAAUGAAGUUGGCAGGAGAAGAACUUCAGAGAAGAGAACAACUGAGGUGGGCAAUAAAAGAGCGGAGAAGAAACACGAUAAACGGCACAAAAGAGCAAGGAAUGCGGGUGAAAAACAUGGAAAAAGGCAAAGAAAAAAGAAUGAAGAUGCAGAGGAGGCUGAGGAAGAAUCCAGCAAGGAGAAAAAGAACAUUAAAAAUGAAAGAAAUAAGACAUUAAAGCUGGAUGAUGAGAAGAAAAAAGAUUUGAAGAAAAAGAAAAAGAAGCAUGUUAAAAAUGAGGAGGAUGAUGCAAAUCAUGAAAAGACAAAACAGAAAGAUUGUCACGACAUGCCCUUGAAGGAAAAGAAAAAGAAAAGAAAUAAACCAGAAACUAUCUCAGAGUCUGAGUCUAAAUCUGAGUCAGAAUCUCAAUCUGACUCUGAGUCAGAGUCAAAGGACAAUCAGGCAUUGGGAGUUUUGGGCUCUCUGACCCCAGAGGAGCUGGAAAAGUUAAAAGAAGCAGUGGACGAAAGGAAAAAGCUAAUCAUCACACUGAGAGGAAAGCCCUGGCCCAUGAGGAAAAAACUACUUAUCCUUAGGGAGUCACAGGAGUUUGUGGAGAAGUAUGAAGGGGCUCUGGGAAAGGGCAAAGGCAGGAAGCUCUAUGCCUACAAGGUCAUGAUGAUGAAGAAAUGGAUGAAGUUUCAGCGUGACUUUGAGAACUUCAAGACUGCCUGCAUCCCGUGGGAGAUGAAGAUAAAGGAAAUAGAAAGCCAUUUUGGCUCAUCAGUUGCUUCUUACUUCAUAUUUCUAAGGUGGAUGUAUGGCAUCAAUAUGAUUUUAUUUGGACUGACGUUUGGGCUGGUCAUGGUUCCAGAGGCUCUUAUGGGGAAACCGUAUGGCAGUUUACCCAGAAAGACCGUGCCCAGAGCGGAAGAGGCCGGUGCCAUGAAUUUUGCAGUCUUAUGGGAUUUUGGGGGCUAUGCUAAGUACUCUGUCCUCUUCUAUGGCUACUACAACAACCAGCGGGCCAUUGGGUGGCUCAAGUUCCGUAUGCCUCUCUCCUACUUCCUGGUGGGAGUGGGCACAGUGGCAUAUAGCUACAUGGUGGUAAUCAGGACUAUGGCCCGCAAUGCCAAUGAAGAAGGUGGCGGAGAUGACACCAGCUUUAAUUUCAGUUGGAAGACAUUUACUAGCUGGGAUUACCUCAUUGGAAAUCCUGAGACAGCAGACAACAAGUUUGCCUCCAUCACCACUAGCUUUAAGGAGACCAUUGUGGAGGAGCAAGAGAGCAGAAAAGAUGACAACAUCCACCUGACAAGAUUCCUUAGAGUGCUGGCCAACUUCCUGGUGCUCUGCUGUCUGGCAGGGAGUGGGUACUUGAUCUACUUUGUAGUACGCAGGUCUCAGAAGUUCGCUCUGGAGGGACUAGAGAACUACGGCUGGUGGGAGAGAAAUGAGGUUAACAUGGUGAUGUCUCUGUUGGGAAUGUUCUGUCCGAUGCUGUUUGAUGUAAUCAGCACUUUAGAGAACUAUCAUCCACGCAUCGCCCUCCAGUGGCAGCUGGGACGCAUAUUCGCCCUUUUCCUGGGAAACCUCUACACGUUCAUCAUCGCUCUCAUGGAUGCCAUCCAACUAAAGAGGGCAGAAGAGGAGAUUGUGAAGAAGAAUAUGACAAUCUGGCAGGCUAACCUGUACAACGGGACUGUGCCAGACAAUUCGACUGCUCUUCCGAUCACGGUGCACCCUGCUGAUGUUCCCAGAGGGCCCUGCUGGGAGACAAUGGUGGGACAGGAAUUUGUUCGUCUCAUCAUUUCUGACACAAUGACGACUUACAUCACUCUGCUUAUUGGGGAUUUCUUCCGUGCCGUACUGGUGCGAUUCCUAAACAACUGCUGGUGCUGGGAUUUGGAGUUUGGCUUUCCAUCCUACUCAGAGUUUGACGUCAGUGGGAAUGUUCUGGGGCUGAUCUUCAACCAGGGAAUGAUCUGGAUGGGGGCGUUCUAUGCUCCAUGUCUUCCAGCAUUAAAUCUUCUACGGCUUCACGUGUCCAUGUACCUGCAAUGUUGGGCGGUGAUGUGCUGUAAUGUGCCUCAGGAACGGGUCUUCAAAGCUUCAGGCUCCAAUAACUUCUACAUGGCCAUGCUGCUGGUCAUCCUGUUCCUUUCUACAUUGCCUGCUAUAUACACCAUUGUCUCCAUUCCACCCUCCUUCGACUGCGGACCCUUCAGUGGGAAAAACCGCAUGUUUGACGUGAUUCAGGAAACCUUGGAGACAGACUUCCCUGCCUGGUUCGGAAAAGUGUUCAGCUAUGUCUCGAACCCCGGACUGGUGCUGCCCUUUCUUCUGCUCUUGGUUCUUGCGAUAUAUUAUCUGCAGUCCACUUCUAAAACAUACAAAAGGGUAAACAUGGAGCUGAAAAAGAAACUUCAAACACAAAAUGAGGAAAACAAGAAAAAGAACAAACUUGCAGCCUUAAAGGCAGCCAAUGAACUGGAGCAGGCGAGGAAAGGAGGAGAACAACACAGCAACAGCGAUUUGGGAGUGAAUGAAGAAAGCAGCAGCCUAGAUGAAGCAGGGCAUCACAGACAAGCUGGGCAGAACGGUCGCUUUAUUCACCAAUCACAGAGUCAGCAUACUCAAAACUCUGGACCUCCCGUCACCUCGACCCACACAACUACCAGACCCCCUGCAUCCCGGGGCCACACAUCAUCUGGACAUCUUCCAGGAGUGGAGAGCCUGUUAACAGAGACCCACCUGACAGUCAGGUGUGUCAUCAGCUCUAGAUGCCUCGCAAGACUGAAUAGCAGGACUCAAACUCAAACCGGCAAGAUGCCCCGCAGAAAAAAUGAUAUUGCGAUAAAUGUGGAUGAUGUUGGGAUGGAAAUCGAUGCGGAAUAUGAUAGUGGAAGUGACGUGGAUUCAAAAAGAAGAGCAAGAGGCAGGAAUAAACCUAAGCCUGCAGCUCGAGGAAGGAAAGCCAAGCCAGCAGAUAGCGUGGAGGAGAGUGAAGAAGAGGAGGAGGAGGAGGCUCCACGGAAGAGAAAGGGCCGAAAGAAGAAGGAAGUAAGUGAAGACGAGAGUGAGGAAGAGCAGAAAGGAAGAAGGAAGAAAGCAGCGGGUGCGAAGAAGAGGGCUGCCAAGAAAGAUGACUCAGAAGAGGAGAGCGAAGAGGAGAAAGUAGAUAAAAGAAAAGGAGGGAAAAAAGGUGCAACUAAGAAGGAGAAAGAGGAGGAGAAUAGUAAAGAGAAGAAGGGGAAUGGCAAAGCAGGAGGAAAAGGAGGUAAAGAUAAACAGGAAGAUAAGGAUAAGAAAAAGAUCAAAGGCAAACACAGCAGCAGUUCAUCCUCGGACACCAAUUCAGAAGAUGAGUCUUUGUCUGAGGGAGAGAUGGCCCGGCUAAAAGAGGAAGUGGAGGAGAAGAAAAAGCUGAUAGCAACACUUCGGAACAAACCCUGGCGCAUGAAGAGGAGACUCAAGUGCCUGAAAGAAGCCCAGGGGUUUGUGGAAAAGUUUGAAGGGGCUUUGGGCAAAGGAAAAGGGAGGAGACUCUAUGCAUUCAAAGUCAUGAUGACUAAGAAAUUAAUCAAAUUCAAUAGAGAUUUUGAAAACUUCAAGACGGCAUGCAUUCCCUGGGAGAGUCGGAUAAAAGAAGUGGAAAGUCACUUUGGGUCAUCUGUUGCCUCCUACUUCAUUUUCCUGCGGUGGAUGUAUGGAUUAAACCUGGUUCUCUUUGGUUUUGUGUUUGGGCUUGUUGUUAUUCCAGAGGUACUGAUGGGCAUGCCUUACGGCUCCCUUCCCAGAAAAACAGUCCCAAGAGAGGAACAGGAUAGUGCCAUGGACUUCUCUGUCCUGUUUGAGUUUGGCGGUUAUUGCAAGUACUCCAUUCUGUUUUAUGGUUACUACAAUAAUCAACGAAGUAUUGGAUUCCUGCAGUUCCGGUUACCUCUGUCAUACCUUUUGGUUGGUGUUGGGAUAUUCGGCUACAGUCUUAUGGUGGUUAUCAGAACAAUGGCAAGUAAUGCCAAUGAAGGAGGAGAUGGAGCAGAGGACGGUAACUUCACCUUUUGCUGGAAGCUGUUUACUAGCUGGGAUUACCUUAUAGGAAACCCAGAGACAGCUGACAACAAAUUCGCCUCCACCACCACAAGCUUCAAGGAAUCUAUAGUGGAUGAGCAGGAAAACCUAAAGGAUGAGAACAUUCACCUCCGCCGCUUUCUACGUGUCCUAGCCAACGUUCUCAUCCUGUGCUGCUUGGGUGGGAGCGGAUUCCUCAUCUACACUGUGGUCAAAAGAUCUCAAGAAUUUGCCAAAAAGGACAGGAAUGAAUUGACAUGGCUUCAAAAAAACGAGGUUGAAAUUGUGAUGUCACUGUUGGGCUUGGUGUGUCCACCUCUGUUUGAGGUUAUAGGGGAGCUGGAAGACUAUCACCCUCGAAUCGCCCUAAAAUGGCAGCUGGCCAGAAUCUUCGCCCUCUUUCUGGGCAACCUCUACACUUUUCUGUUUGCGCUGUUUGAUGAAGUCAAUGCAAAGCUUGAAAACGAGAAACAGAUAAAAAAUGAAACCAUCUGGGCUCUUAAAGAGUACUAUGCCAACUACACCUUACAUCACAACGUCACAGAAAACAUUCCACCUCCAAACAUCUCCCCAGCUGAUGUCAUCAGGGGGCCAUGCUGGGAGACAGAAGUUGGCAUUGAGUUUGUGAAGCUCACCGUGUCCGACAUCCAGGUGACAUAUCUGACCAUUCUGAUAGGGGACUUCCUACGAGCUGUGAUUGUGAGAUUCCUCAACUAUUGCUGGUGUUGGGAUCUGGAAGCUGGCUUUCCAUCUUAUGCAGAGUUUGACAUCAGUGGUAAUGUACUUGGGCUCAUAUUCAACCAGGGAAUGAUCUGGAUGGGUGCAUUUUACGCUCCUGGGCUGGUGGGAAUAAACUUGUUGCGUCUUCUGAGCUCCAUGUAUUACCAGUGCUGGGCAGUGAUGGCCUGUAAUGUUCCCCAUGAGAGAGUGUUCAAAGCCUCGCGUUCUAAUAACUUCUACAUGGGACUGCUUCUCCUCGUCCUCUUCCUCAGUCUCAUGCCUGUGAUCUACUCCAUUAUGACCCUGCCACCGUCUUUUGACUGUGGACCCUUCAGUGGAAAAGAUAAGAUGUAUGAUGUGAUCAUGGAGACUAUAGAGAAGGACUUGCCACCAUUUAUGGCCGACAUCUUCAGUUAUGCAUCCAACCCAGGCCUCAUAAUGUCUGCAGUCUUGCUCAUGGUGUUGGCUAUUUAUUACCUGAAUGCUGUGUCCAAAGCAUAUCAGAACGCUAACUUGGAAUUAAAACGCAAAAUGCAAAUGCAAAGAGAUGAGGAGAAGAACAGGAGGAACAACAAGGACAGUACCAACCAGGUGAUGAAAGACCUGGAGGAUCUUAUGCCCAACAAGUCCCUGAUUCCCCCUCCAUCUGCUGAAGAGGCUGAGAAACCAACUGACCAGCUUAGCAAGUCACCAAAAGUGACAGGCAAACCAGGCGCUGCAGCUACCGGGAAAGGGGUACAUGUCCAGAGGGAUGUGUCUUUGGCUGCGGCAAAUCCUCGGGCACCAGUAACUCGCCCUCCAGGUCCCAGGCCACCCGGGCCUCUUCCAGGUAAUGGCCGUGGACCUCCACCAGGUCAAGGGAGGGGAAGAGGGAGAGGUGGACCACCACCACGAAGAUAGAGCUUGAAGAAUGUAUAUAGAAACACACUCCAGAGUCAUACUAAAUAUGGGUCCAAAUCAAAUUGUUAUACUAUUAAAGUGAGGAGGUUCUGUAGUUGUAAAUAUUUUUUUUUUGUGUAAAAUGUAUUUGUAUGCCAUUUAAAUAAGUGCAAUAAAAGGUUUAUUGAUAUAAAUGUCUGUGGCGGUUUAUUCAUCCAAUAAUUUCCUUUAUUAUUGCAAACAGAUCAGGAUUCUAGGAUGAAAUAAACAUGUUUUCAUGAAUAAAAUUCCCUUCUUCUGUGCCUUUAUGCUUGGAUACUUUGUUUCACAGAACAAAACACUCAAAGAUAUUUUGUAUAAAGAUAAAUUAAAUUAUUAUAUGUGCAGUGAAAAGUAUUGGGAAUCCAGUAUGUUGAAUAGCUGACCCAGAGUCCAGUCAUCUUUUUUUUUUUUUUUUUUUCAUAACAUGUGGUCCCUUAUACCAUAUAUUAAAUAAAUAAGUAUAAUAGUAGGCUUCUUUAAUUACAAGAGUUUCGUGUACUUUCACAGACAAGAAUGCAAUUUUCUAAUCAUUCUAAUCGAGUCUGCUUUCUCUUUCCUCCUCGAUUUGUAAUAAUAGGCUGUAAGCUUUUAGAUCAGAAGUGUGGGUUUUAAAACACUGCCAUCGUGUGGAAACGCGCACUGUAUUGUUUUUAAAU